AUGGACGCGCUGUGCCGCUCAGCGGGAAUAUUCGGUGGCUCGCCCUCCGCGAUGCCCCGUGCGCCAGCGGGAGUCAGCCGCGCGCUCACCUCCAGCAAGCCACUCGCGUUUUCGAUCGAACGGAUUAUGGCGCGGGAGACCCCGGAACCCGCGCGGUCGAUACCGUUCCUCCCCCACCUGUUCGCGGCGCACGCGGGGAAGGGGGACGGGAAGCAGCCGCCGUCCGCUGCGUUGCACUGCGUGCUGCCCUUCGUGCCGCUCGCGUACGACGCGGGCCACAAGCUGGUGAACCUCGCGGGGGGGCUGGACCACGCGGGACCCUUCGACGGCUCCGUGCGCCACGCCGCCGACUUCCUUCACGGCGUCGGGCUGAACUACAAGCACGAGCAGCCCGAGCUAGGGGGGGGACAGUACAAACUCUUUCGGCCGCGCGUGGUCAACCAGUCGUCGUUCCACGCGUUGGGGGACACCGCAGCAACCGCCGCGUGCUAUCUGUCUAACUGCGGGGAGACCCCCGCGGUCCCACCGCCCCCUGCCCUCCCCUCGGCCGGCCCCCCCGCGGGGCUCGUGAACCUCCACCCCAUGGCCUCCUACUUCUUCCACGCGCCGCUGCACCACGCGCGCCACAAAGCCUUCCUCGCGGAGAAGGGCAAAGCGGAGCGUCACGCAACGGGAGACGCGAGCUUCAAGGAACUGCAGCUGCACCGCGCGCACCUGCUGUCCGACAAGAUGCUCAAAGGCGCCGCCAAACUCGGUGGGGGCUCGUGCGCCAACGGCGGGAAGUCCAAAGUGUUCACGUGCGAAAUCUGCGGGAAGGUGUUCAACGCCCACUACAACCUCACUCGCCACAUGCCCGUGCACACUGGCGCGCGUCCGUUCGUCUGCAAGGUGUGCGGGAAAGGCUUCCGGCAGGCGAGCACGCUCUGCCGCCACAAGAUCAUCCACACUCAGGAAAAACCGCAUAAAUGCCACCAGUGCGGGAAGGCGUUCAAUCGCAGCUCAACGCUCAACACGCACACGCGCAUCCACGCGGGAUACAAACCCUUCGUCUGCGAGUUCUGCGGGAAAGGAUUCCACCAGAAAGGGAACUACAAGAAUCACAAGCUGACGCAUAGCGGGGAGAAGCAGUUCAAGUGCUCCAUCUGCAGCAAGGCCUUCCACCAGGUGUACAACCUCACGUUCCACAUGCACACGCACAACGACAAGAAGCCCUUCACCUGCCCCACGUGCGGCAAGGGCUUCUGCCGGAACUUUGACCUGAAAAAACAUAUCCGGAAACUGCACGAGUCUUCCGGCUCCCCGCAGAGCGCGGGUGAGACGCAGUGA